AUGGUUGCUGCCAAACGCUGCGCAUCCCAUCCCUCACUCCGCGGGCAGGCCUGUCCGUCCAAGUUGAGCAUCAAAUACAGUAGCCGCACGGCUAAUCUGACAAGGCACUCCUCCAAACAGCGCAGCCCCAGGCCUGCUUUGGCCAGCGUCGGCAUGGCGACUUUCCUUAAUCUUCUAGAUGUUGGGGAAAUCUAUUCAAGACUUCUGGAUCACAGACCAGUAAUUCAGGGAGAAAUACGUUACUUUGUUAAAGAAUUUGAAGAAAAACGUGGCCUCCGAGAACUACGAGUACUUGAAAAUCUAAAGAACACAAUCUUUGAAACAAAUGAACACGUUCUUCCUAAGUGUGAGCAGGCAAUGCAUGACAAUUUGAAUGAAGCAUUCAAGAGAUUGCAAGCUGCCAACGAUAUGAUCCGUAGACUCCAAGAGAGGGAGCAUGAAGAGAGGAAGCUUCAGGCGGACAAGCUGAUGGCUCGUGAAGAGAAGCGCAUAGCCCACUGGGAGGAAUUCAUGAAAGAACAACAAAACAAACAAGCAGAGGUGGAUGAAGAGCACAGAAAAGCUGUGGAGCGCCUCAAAGAGCAGUAUUCUGAAAUGGAGAAGGAACUGGCCAAAUAUGUUUCUUUUUAA